CCACAGUGACUGUAUGUAGGGAUCGCUUUCUUUACUGCGUGAGAUAAAGAAGUAUUUUCUGAUUGCCAGCUCUGGAUUUAAACAGGUUAAGUGGCAGUCUUUUUACUGGAACUCACAUAUUUCCUAUGAAUUUCAGACUGAGGCAGGAUCAAACCUUGCACACAAAGGACAGCUUUAAUCAAAAGCACCACAGGAAUAUGCAGGAGUGUGCUGUACAAGAAAGAUGGGCAUAUUGUCAUAGAUAGAGUCUUAUAAGGCGACACAAUAACAUUGUACAACAGUGUCUACAACAUGUUAGUUAUGAAAGAAGAAAAGAUGGAAAGGAAGAUAUUCUGCCUACUGUGUAUACUACUAAUGAUACUUGAUGGACAUUCAGUAUUAGCUUUAUUUGUAGUAACAGCUCCCAGAUCAUCAUACACAGCUCAAUAUGGGGAUACAGUACAGCUGAUCUGCAGUUUCCCACCUGAAGAAAAUGUAUAUAUUUCAAAAAAAUUAAAGGUAUCUUGGGAGCACAUAGACUCUUUUCAAGGAAAAAGCCAAGAUGUAUUAAUGCUUACUGAUGGGAAAUUGGUUUUAGAAAAACAGUCGGACACCUUUAGAGGGCGUACAACAUUGCUGAUGGAAGAACUGAAUAAUGGUAGAGCUGUUCUAGAGAUCACAAAUGUGAAGCUAACCGAUUCAGGCAAAUACCGCUGCGUUUUACAACUUGAUGGGUCAGAUUAUAAAACCAUAAGCCUGAAAGUGAAAGCAUCAUACAAAAUAAUAGACAUUUACAGAUCUGAAAAUGAAGAUUUGUUGACAUGUCAGUCACUGGGAUUUCCCAUUGCGGAGGUAUCUUGGCAGAAUAAUGGUGACAAUGUGAGUUUGCCCUCAAACUUUUCCCAGUUUCUGAGACCUGAUGGAGUUUACAACAUAACAAGUACCAUCAGAAUCAGCCGAGAUGUCACACAAAACUAUACUUGUGUGUUUUGGAACAAAGAACUGAACGAAAAAACACAAGCUUCUUUUCACCUGGAACCAUAUCAAGGUUUGACCAAGGACCAAUUUCCAAUGAAUACUGGAAAAAUACUGACCAUUAUUUCAGUUAUACUUGCAGUAAUGGUAACCAUGAUGGUCAUAUAUAUAAAAAGAAAGCACUGUUUCAGAUGCUUCAGAAAAAAAGGCAAAAGGAAUUAUAGCACAGGAAGUGUGUGUGAAACCAUGUGUCCUAGAAGAAAUGCAAAGCACGAGCAAGAUAGCCUGCCAGAUAAUCCAAGAAAGUGAUUAAUGAAACCUUUCUACAACCUCCAGUGUAAGAAAUUACCAUAUACUGUGGGGUCUUUUUAUUUAACAAAAUCACCCACAACUUUGCAUCCGUUUGGUAAAUUGCAACUUGUAGCAACCUAAAGUGAAGAUUCUCUAGGGAUGCUUCUGUGAAAAACUGCUCACUGAGCCAAUGCGUACAAGGACAGAGAGAAAGGCGACAGAAACUGAACGAGCGACAGUUGGGAGAAUGAAACUGCUGGAACAGGAAUACAUAUAAGGCAGGCACUUGUGGAAACCAUAACCAGGCAAACAAAUAAGACUGUAUUAUAGGAACCUAACAGGCAAAACUUAAAGGGUAGUUUGCUUUUGAAUUAAACAUUAGUAUGAUAUAUUUAGUUAUAUACAGACAGUUUGCAAUUUUCAUUUUUCAUUUGUAUUUUGAAUUAUUUAGCUUUUUGUUCAGCAGCUCCCAGUUUGGAAUUUUAGCAGCUAUAUUGUUGUAGGAAAAAUGUAACAAACCAAACAAUUUUUUGAAAGAGAGAGUAAUAUGAAUAGGAGAGAGCCUGAAUACAAAAAAAAGCAAGAAAAAGUAGCCUCACAGAGCAAUCAUUUUUUGGUUGUCAGAGUCAGCAAACCUCAUUAGGAAGCUUGAAAGAGGCAGAAGAGGAAGGCAAAUAAUAACACAAAUGAAGAACUGAAUUAAAAUGAAGACCAAUUGAAAAGUUGCUGAGAAUAACCUCUAUAACAUUCUAUAAUAUAUAUUAACGUAAGGGCGAUGACAAGACAUGUGAAAAUUCCUAUUAAUAGUGCUGAGAAUGGCUGCAGGUAAAAAUACUCAAAUCAGGUAUUCAUGAGAAAAUAUAUACAAAAGCAUUUUUGUGUGAUUUGAUUGUUUAACCCGAGAUAAUUUUUAGCACUCACAAUAUCAAAGUACAAAAUGGGUGAAACAAUAGCAUGCCCCAAAUAUGAACUACCUUAAGCAAUUGUAAAUCCAUCUCUCCUUUGCUCCAAUUCAGUCCAUGUGAUGAAGUCAAGCACAUAGGGAGGGUAUGCCAGCAAAUCUGUUGCCUCAGGAGAUCCUGUUACUCAUAGUCUGCCUUCAGAUUUGGAGCAAAAACCUGAUAUCCGCCAGUAAUUGUAUAGGACUAAACUAGCUACAGUAUAUCACUGUGUAAAUGCCUUAAUGUUACAAUGUACAUUUAGAUUUAUUUUGCUUUCUUGUUGCAGAUUCACCAGAUGCUUUUUACCUGUAGUACAAAUCACAAAAUACUCAGGACAUUUUUCCUGAGCUUAAUUAAAAUUUUCCUAUACUAACUCUGAGACAGUUUCCCACUUAAUUUUAAAAAUGACAUUUCAUAUUGCUGUUAUAAAAAAAAACAAAGCAAAAAAUCUCUAAAACUGUCAUUUUCAGCUCUCUUCCAGUAAAGGGCAGGAACAAUGGUCCACAAAAAAAAUACUAUGUUGAAAAGGAUAUCCAUACAGCAGCUCUACUCUAGAAUCUAAAAAGCUGUUCAGGACUGGGGCUAAGAUAUACAAAUGAAUCCUGUUGCACAUUUAAACAGUUGGAGCGUGCAUUGUUAAGUAUAUAGGUAUAGGUUUUGGUGUCUAAGCAGGAGUUCAAUGUAUAAACCUAUACCCACUAAUAGCGUUCAACAGCACACUCUCUUCUAUAAUAUAUUAAGCAUUUCGCUCUCUGUGAAAGGGAGUGGUGGGCGCCAUGUAAAUACUUUGCCACUAAAGGGUCCUGCACUGGUUACCUCCAAUACAAAUGCAAAAUGGAGCUUCAGUACAAUACUUGGCAUUCAUCUCCAGAAGAAUAAGAAGAGUUGCAUAUUUUUUAACUUAUUACUCUUAAUAGGUCCCUUAAUUUCUUCUGGACAGAAAAGCUUCAGUCACUGCCUCUAAAAAAAAUACAACUGCACAGAACCACAGAUUUAGAAUAUACAAAGGUAUAAACUUGUUUUAUUUGUGUUAUGCACUAGGAUAUUGUGCUAUACAAUUUAUUUUAAGGGGAACCUGUAAAGUUCCCUGGGUUAUGGUGAGAAUUACUGUAAGUGCCUAGUUUAAGGUAACCGCUAUUAAAUAUAUAAAUGUGUAAUACCUGCUCUGGACUUAACCGGUGAUUAACCAGCUAGGUUGGUGGAAUACCAGUAAAAUGGCAAUGUAAAGGACUGGAACAGUUUCCCAUCUGUUAGCUGUUCCAUCUUUCUUGCAUUGCUAUGGACAGUGCCAGCUUUGUGAGUGCAUUUGAAGUGCAUUUUGCAUACAUUGCACUGUAUUGUGAAAGAACUGUACAGCUGCCUUAUGUUGACAAAACAUUCCUAGAACGUUGUGCCUUUUAACAGAUACAGUAUGGUUAGCAUAAAUAACCAUAAUGGUGCCAAAGUAUUAAUCAACAAAUUGCCUAUGCAGUAUUUCAUCAUUUUUAUAAGGAAAAAUUAUUAGAGCACUAUGCAUAACUGAAAUGUUGUUUCAUAUGUUUGCUACUGAGGACCUACAUGUCCUCUUUAAAAGUUUUAUUUCCUAAAAUGGUUGCAUAUAAAGUUCAAAAUUGAAACCACUGCUCUAUAUUAAUGGUUAAAUACUAUGUAUUACUGCCCAUCAAAGCUUAGCAUUUGCUCCUUUGCACUGCUGCCUCUGUAAAGUAUAAUUAUUGCUUCUCAGUGGCAUUACUAUAGGAGGAGCAGACUAUGCAACUGCAGAGAGGCAUGGGAAAACAAGGUACCUGGCAAUGACAGGCAGGGGAUGGGUCUUGUUGUGCAAGGUUCCCAUAGACUUGGUAUAGCAACAAGAGAAUGUUUGAGGAAGAUGGGUGAUAAAAAGAUUUUUAUUAAAACUGAAGUGCAUAUUGGUUUUAGUGUGUUCCAGAUUAUUUAAGCCUCCAGUGUUUUAGUUGAAAAAUCAUUUGCCUGUUGAUUACUAGCAAUGAAAGUGAGACUGUAGGAGAGAAGCAAUGUUUGACCCUACCCAACAAAAAAUGAUCAUCUUGCAAUCAUUUUGUUUGCCACUGAAUCUAAAAAAGUCUGAAAUAGUGUAUUAAUGGGUAAAACAGUAACUACCAUAUUCAAAAAAUAUAAGGGUUCUCCAUCUUCACUUUGAGUGGGAUGGGAGCAUUUCAAUACUACUGAUUUACCUCAUGCAGAAUGGGGUGGGAUAAAAAAGAAUUUUACUUGAGCACCAUACCUUCCCAGGGACCCCUUCCCAUAAUGGAGACUUAGGGGCACAUUUACUAAUCCAUGAAUCCGAAUCAUGAAUGGGAAAAAAUCGUAUUGGAAACGAAAAUUUUGGAAGAUCGCAUAUAUGACGAAAAUGCUUACGAAAAAAUCGUAUUAGUCACGAUAAUAUCGUAUUGGCGAUCCGAAAGUACCGAAAUUUUCGUACCGAACAAUUGUAAACAGCGGUAAAACCUUUCCGUUUUUUUCGCGCAAACGGCCAAAAAAGUCAUGCGCCGUACGAAAAAGUCAUGCGCCGUACAAAAAAGUCGUGCGGACGCCCGAAAAAAAUCGGCGAAAAUACGCUCGGAUCGUUCGUGCUUUUGUAAAUGUGCCCCAUACUGUAUAAGAAGAAGAAUUUACUAGUACAUGAUACUCUUCUAAAUAUAGUAAGAAUGUGCUUUCAAAAGUUGUGUUCCGAGCAGAUUUAUUGAAAAUUUCUCCAAAAACUACUAGUCCCACCAAUCUGUUCGACUGAUCUUGAUGCCUCCUUUCUCAGGCUGUGCAGGGGAGCCAGCGACACUCAGCACUGACCUGACAGAGAACUGAAGCCUUUCUUUGCUUGUGUAAAUGUAGGGCUGUGAUUAGCUAUCCCCUUCCUACUGUGCUUCUGGCAUGGACCUUUAGGACACAUCCACCCCUCUUUUGAAACAUGUACCAUAGCAGAUCUAUAAGGAGCUCUAAUAGAGGGCAUUUUUAAAGAUAAUGAUCAUGUUUAGCCCAGAGAGAAACCAGCACCAUACAGUUUUCAUUAUUGCCGGCAAGUUUGGGGGGAAUUUUUAGUUAUGCUAUAUGUUUCCUCUAAUGCAUGCCCACUGGGCUAUACUAAAAUAAAUAAAUGAACCAAGGAGGAGCAGGAUCAGAACUUCACCUCAGACAGCACUUUACUUAACAAAAAGACCAUAAAUGAAGACCAGUGUUCUUCCAUUUUGAUCAUUGCUUGCCAAAAAGUAUUGCAUUAAGUCACUUUUUUUGUAUAAGUUACUUAUUAUAUAAUCAGUUUUAUAGUACAUGAAAUAAAAAUAUAAGCACUUUAUUACAAUAUAAUGAAAUUGUUAUUGCACAUUAAAACAUACAUAUAUGUUGGAUAAACACUGUUAACUAGUUUUUAUAUUCAGAUCAUUUAUAUUGUUUUUCUCCAACAUGAAUGUAAACUGUAAACAUGUGUAGAAACUGUUUGACUUCCUGCUUAUUAUAUGGUAUAAUAAACACAAUUUGGUACAAAUGGC